AUGUCCAUUGAGUCAGCGCCGACGUUUUCCGACUUCCCGACGGCCAGCAGUGGAGAAUUUGCUCCUUACGACUUGCUCCUACCGGAUAUGCUGCCGUACCUCACAGUGCAGGAUCUGCUAAACUGGCGCCUGCUAUCGCAUGAAACCAGAAGUCCUUCAGCCUUGAUCCAUCAUGUGGCCGAUAUGGGGAGCAUGGAACGGGCCGAGUCAGUUUUCGAACUCGCAGAUAAGAUGACGGUGUUUCGACACCCAACCAUCCCAAACACAGCCGCCUUUGAAGGUGAUGAUGCCGAGAAGCAGAAGAUCUUCGAGUGUCAAUUGUGGUGCAUGGCCCUCGCUUCCAAGAGCAGAACGCAUUUUGCCAGAAGCGAUGUACACCGCAUUGUUGGCAAGAACGUUGUUUGCUUCGGUACUGCCUGA